CUUUUAAAUCCGUCGCGGUGAGCAUCAAUAAAAAUCUUGUGAUUCGUUCUGCAACACCAACCGGAGCUACAACAUGGGACAAUUGGAACGGACAAAUACAUGUCACUCCAAGUGCCAUUUUUCAACCAUCUACACUUAAUGACCUUGUAGACAUUGUGAAAUUAGCAAAGCAGAAUGGUAAAACUAUUCGAUGCGCUGCCCAAGGACACAGUGUAAGUAAUCUAUCUUUCACAGAGAACUACCUGGUGAUAGUUACAGACUUAACUCAGGUCACCGUGCAAGAAGAUCAAAAAUAUGGCUGGACUGUUACUGCUGAAGCGGGUACACAAUUAUUGAAACUUGAUGAUGUACUCCGAAAUCAUAAUCCACCAUUAACUCUCGAUUCGGAGACUGUAUAUGACACAUUUCGAGUAUCUGGUGUUGUUGCAGUAGGUGCACAUGGAGCAAAGACAAGUUCAGGCAUUAUGUCAGAUCAACUUUGUUCGAUGAAAAUUGUUACUGCUUCCGGUGAUAUAGUUGAAUUUAGUGAAGAAAUAAAUAAAUCAGAAUUCAAUGCUGCAAAAGUCAACCUAGGUUUACUUGGUAUAAUCUAUUCGUUAACUUUCCGUGUACAACCGAUGUACAACCUUCGUAUGACUGAUACCCUUUAUCUAUCAAACGAAUGGCUUAAGCCACAAAAUAUUAAAAAUCUUUUAGAAUCUUCUGAUGGAAUUGAAAUAUUUUAUUGGCCAUUCAAUGGAUUUAAUCCGAAAGUUUCAAAUUCUCUUGACCCUAAUCGAGAUCUAAUUUGGGUUAAGAAUUGGGUACGAACUAAUGAUUCUGUAACACUUCCUCCACAAGUGCUUGAACAAUUACGUCAAACCGAAACAGGAGAAAUUAAUCAACAGUAUCUGACUAUAACUAAUUACCUAAUAUCUAAUCCUUCGUUAACUCCGAGUAUAACCGCUACGAUAUGGAAUGCAGGUACUGGUGGUGUUGGUAAUACUAGUAUGGUAGUGCAGGCUCCUGAUGCUUUCCAUUACGUACCUGCCGUAGAAGCUCUUAAAGUUAAUCUAUGGGAAAUUGGAUUCAAAGUUGAUCCGGAUUUUUCCAAUGUCGUCACUGAAAUUUCUUUCAUAAUUCAAAAAUUAUAUGAAUUGGCAGAAAAAGGAAAAUUUCCAAUAAAUUAUAUUGCAGAUUUUAGAAUCAUAAAAUCAACUGAAGCUUUAUUUUCGACUACUUUUAAUAAUGAUAAAAACGCAUUGUAUUGUCAAAUGGAUCUCGAAACAGCCUAUGGUAAUCCUGACUGGGAAGAAUUUAUACAAUCAUUAGGUCCAAGAUAUUUUAAUAAAAAGUAUAAUGCAAAGCCUCAUUGGGGAAAAGAAUGGGAAACUACUCCAGGCAUUACAUCUUAUCUUUCUGAUGUCUUAUCUGCACAAAUUAAACAAUUUGAGAAA